GGAAACUUCUCAUUUUAAUUCCAGGCUUUCUCUGGCCCAAACAGCUGUUGCUGUAUUGCAGUAAUGCUGAAGAGGUCUGAUUAUAAAUUAGGAUUGAAAGGAAAUUCAGUGCCUGGUCCUUGCCUUACUGCCAGAAGAUCUAAUAUGGAGGUGGUAUCAGCAGAAAUGAACAGCUUGCUCCCUGAGGAAAUAAUGGACACUGGUAUAACUCUUGUGGAAGAUGAUAGUAUUGAAGCUGUUAUUGUAUCGUCACCUAUGGGAGAGUCUGUUCCCAUGGAAACAGAACUGGAAGAAAUUGUGAACAUAAACUCAACCAGUAACUUGGCAAAUACAAGUACUUCCACAGUCACCACAGAACCAGUUACUGUACCCAGCAGUCACUCAAGCCAUGUUGGAGUGAAUACCACGAUUACAAAAACUGACACCAACUCAACAAUAAAACCUACAUUUCAAAGUGGCCUCCAUAAACUUGGUGCUUCGACUCCGGUGACUAUAUCAGCCAAUCAGAUUAUUCUGAACAAGACCUCUGACCUUAAACUUAGCAAUCAAAGUAUUAAACAGGAUGGACAGAAGCUAAUUGUAACAGCUUUGGGAAAGUCUGGCCAACCAAUUGUUUUAGCAUUACCACACAACCAACUACCCCAGGCACAGAAGACCACAUCCCAAGCUCAAAGUGGAGACUCUAAAGUACCAGGCCAGCAGAUUAAAGUAGUUACUAUUGGAGGGAGGCCAGAAGUGAAGCCUGUUGUUGGUGUCUCAGCUUUGACACCAGGAAGUCAGCUGAUAAACACUGCAGCCCAGCCUUCUGUAUUACAGACCCAGCAAUUAAAAACAGUGCAGAUUGCUAAGAAGACCCAAACCCCAACAUCUGGCCCAGUGAUCACCAAGCUGAUCUUUGCAAAGCCAAUUAAUAGCAAAGCAGUUACAGGACAGACAACUCAAGUGUCACCAGUCAUUGCAGGUAGGGUUCUUUCACAGACUGCUCCAGGAACACCACCGAAGACGAUAACAAUUUCUGAGAGUGGAGUUAUUGGGUCAUCUUUAAGUUCAGCAACACAACAGACACCAAAUAAGAUAGCUAUCUCCCCAUUGAAGUCCCCCAAUAAGCAGCUAACUGUGGUGUCAGUGGCCUCUCAGCCUCCAAAUUCUCCCCAGAAGACUGUGGGUGUUCCCCUGAAUGUAGCCUUAGGACAGCAGAUCCUGACAGUGCAGCAGCCAACAUCCUCUUCCCCUGGCAAGGCCAUAGUCAACCACACAACUGCUCAGGCUGUGAAAUCAACAGUGCAGACCAUCACUGUAGGAGGAGUGGGACCUUCUCAAUUUAAGACCAUCAUUCCCUUGGCAACGGCACCCAAUGUUCAGCAGAUUCAGGUACCUGGAAGCAAAUUCCAUUAUGUCAGGCUUGUCACUGCCACAACAGCCAACAGUUCAACUCAGUCAGCCAGUCAAAAUCCCAGUACCAACACACAGUCUCUUCAGCAAGCCAAGCCAGUGGUGGUAAAUGCAACCCCAGUGCGGAUGUCUGUCCCAAUAGUACCAGCACAGACUGUCAAACAGGUGGUGCCCAAACCAAUCAACCCAUCUUCACAGAUUGUUACCACUAGUCAGCCCCAACAAAGACUUAUUAUGCCAGCCACUCCACUGCCACAAAUACAACCAAACCUCACUAACCUCCCUCCCGGUACUGUUUUGGCACCAGCACCUGGCACAGGAAAUGUAGGCUAUGCUGUUCUUCCAGCCCAGUAUGUUACUCAGCUACAGCAGUCAUCAUAUGUGUCUAUAGCAAGUAACACUGGUUUUACUGGGACAUCUAGUAUCCAGACUCAAGCAAGGCUGCCAUUCAAUGGAAUAAUUCCAUCUGAAUCUGCAAAUCGUCCCAGAAAGCCAUGCAAUUGUACAAAGUCACUGUGUUUGAAACUGUAUUGUGAUUGUUUUGCAAAUGGUGAAUUCUGCAAUAACUGCAACUGUACAAAUUGUUAUAACAAUCUGGAACAUGAAAAUGAUAGGCAAAAAGCUAUAAAGGCUUGCCUUGACAGAAAUCCUGAAGCCUUUAAGCCCAAAAUAGGGAAAGGAAAGGAAGGGGAAUCGGACAGACGGCAUAGCAAAGGUUGCAACUGCAAACGUUCAGGGUGUCUCAAAAAUUAUUGUGAAUGCUAUGAGGCAAAGAUCAUGUGUUCCUCAAUAUGUAAAUGCAUUGGCUGUAAAAACUUUGAAGAAAGUCCAGAGCGAAAGACAUUGAUGCACUUAGCAGAUGCAGCAGAAGUCAGAGUCCAGCAACAGACAGCUGCAAAGACAAAGUUAUCCUCACAAAUCUCCGAUCUGCUUACAAGGCCAACACCAGCACUCAGUAGUGGAGGGGGGAAACUGCCUUUUACAUUUGUAACCAAGGAGGUGGCAGAUGCGACUUGUGAUUGCCUUCUUGCCCAGGCUGAGCAGGCUGAGAAGAUGGGCAAGUCAAAAACAGCAGCAGAGCGCAUGAUACUGGAGGAAUUUGGACGUUGUUUGAUGAAAGUAAUUAACUCUGCAGGAAAGUCCAAAAGUGACCCUUGUGCUAUGAACUGCUGACUCUUGCACAGGAGCCAUGAUAAAUUGGACUGAAUAGAACACUUAAGGCACAGGGACACUUUGAUUCACAGCAGAGAAUUUAUUAAUAAUAUUUCAUUUAAUUUGAUGCUUGUUUUAAAUUAACUUGCAUAAUACUGAAAAAAGAAAAUCUUUUAUAACAAGGAAAAGAGUCUUUUAAAUCUUAGUUAAAUCAUCGUCUAGUUAUGACAAUAUGUAAAGGUAAAUUCUGUCUCUCUCUCUCUCAUAUAAUUGCCUGAAGAGUGUAUAUAAAUUAUUAUAAUAUAUUAUUUACAAUGUAUAGAGUUACAUAACUUUGUUCAUAUGGUGGGGUGGGGGGAUAGACAGUCAGAAAACAGACAUUUUUGGCAGCAGACCUAAAGGACAGGUAUCAGUAUAUUCAAGAAAGAGUUGGCUGAAAGAAAUUCUGAGAUAGUAGCACCUCUUCAGGAGAAAGGUAAGAAAUCUGCAUUGAGAACCAAAUUCAGUAAGGGCCUGAAGCACUUCUGUAGCAUUAAGCAUUCAGACAGUGAAUGCACAUCAGGAGUACUUUAAAAUGUUUCUUAUUGGGUCUGUAUUGAAGACCCUGGCAGAAGUGGGCCAGGAGGGCAAGGCAUGGUUUUUCAAGUGAAGGGUAUAUUAAAGGUGUUUAUAACCAAAU